AUCUUACUCUUGAUCAAACUUUUCUGACUCGGAGUCGGGUCGAGUCAGCAAAUCGAAAACGCUAUCAGUGUUUGGACUUUUGGACAUUCAGUUACAUUCAGUUAAUAAUCGGUACUCACGCUUAGACUGUUCAGGCGAGGAUUUUCGGUUUAAUCACUUAGAAAUUUUUGAGUUCCAACAGCGGCUUCUUUGUUCUGUCCAGACUUAGAAAAAAACUGACGAUCAUCUUAUAACUUAGACACGAAUAAAAGAAUAUGGAAGUUUCGAAUAUUUAUCAUUACCUUAUCGAUGAAAUUUCGGAUCCCCGAGUCUCUGACUGGCCCUUGAUGUCAAAUCCGUUUGGUAUAGUAUUGAUUUCACUCGCUUAUUUGUCUUUUGUGCUUUACUUCGGACCACUUUACAUGAAAGACAGAAAACCCCAGGCGCUCGUCAAGACUAUGAUAUGUUAUAAUAUUUCUGUUGCAACUGCAAGCGCUGUUAUAUUCUAUGGUAUACUCACAUCUGGUUACACAACGCAUCUUUCGAUGGGAUGUGAGCCCUUUGUGAUUUCAGACGAUUCUAUGUCGCUUAGCAUGGCUCGAUGGAUAUGGUGGAUUUUAAUACUGAAAAUCGCCGAGCUCGCAGAUACUGUCAUUUUCACUUUCAGAAAGAAAUAUAAUCAGAUUUCAUUUCUUCACGUAUAUCAUCACACGGUGACAAUCUGUUUGGCGUGGAUCGCCUGUAAAUAUGCACCAGGUGGCAUGUGGACCUUUAUAAUGAUGCCCAAUUGCGUGGUACAUGUAAUUAUGUACACAUAUUAUCUCUGCGCUUGUUUGGGACCAAAAGUGCAGAAGAUAACAGCUCCUUGGAAGAAGUAUGUGACUAGUUUGCAACUGGUCCAAUUUACUAUUAUGGUGGCCCAUACGUCACAAGCGCUCCAACCAUCUUGUGAGCCAACGCGGAAACCAUUAGCCUACAUUUACAUGUCUCAAGUAGUAUGCAUGUUCUAUAUGUUUAUAGAUUAUUAUAGAAAGUCGUAUUUGCGGAAAAAGAUUGAGUAAGUGUUGGCAAUAAUAAUACAAUGAUUAGUCCAAGAGCUUCCAUAGACACAGAAGAUUCGACGCGUCCGCAUUGGAUUUUAGUAAAUGUCGUAUAAACGGAG